AUGGCAACAGCGGAUAAUGAUUCCGCUUCUGUCAUUACAAUUGAUCCAUCAGAAAUUGAACAUCUUCGUGCUAAUAUUCUUAAAUCUCAGAUAACAACUUAUCGUCUUCUUGCUCGCAAUUUACCUGUGUCAGAUUCUUUACUUCAAUCAUGUUCUUAUAAAGUACAAUUAGCUACUUUAAUUCAAAAUCAUGUUCAACAACAAUCAACAGCUAUCAUUCUUGGAACUCAUCAGAAUGAUAAUAAUAUACCAUUAAAAUUUUCAUCAGCAACAAAUAUGUAUCGAUGGUUAAUUGGAUCGACUGAAAUGAAUACUAGUGAUGAAGAUAAUAUUCCUACACGUAUUCGUCAACAUCCAAUUAGUCUUAAUCCAUUGUAUGUUCAACAAGAACGAGAAAAACGUGUUCUUAAUCGUAUUUCAAAUCGUCUACAAGAACUUGAACAUAUGCCAGCUCAAAUGAAUGUUGAUUUACGAACACAAGCAUUAAUUGAACUUAAAUCACUUAAAUUACUUCAAUUUCAAAAACAACUUCGUAAUGAAAUUCUUAAUACUAUGAAGAAAGAUACAUUAAUACAAACAGCACUUAAUCCACGUGCAUAUAAACGUCCUAAACGUCAUCAUCUUCGUGAAGCACGUUCAACUGAACAGUAUGAACGACAACGUAAAAUUGAAAUUGAACAAAAUCAACGUGCUAAACAUCAAGAAUUUCUUAAUACUGUACAAAAUCAUGCACGUGAUUUUCGUGAAUAUCAUCGUCGUUAUUCAUUAUCAACAAUACGUAUGAAUAAAUCUAUACAAGCAUAUUUUGCUAAUAAUGAACGUGAAUUAAUUAAAGAAAAAGAACGUAAAGAAAAAGAACGUAUUAAACGUUUAAUGAAUGAAGAUGAAGAAGGUUAUAGAAAAUUAGUUGAUGAAAAAAAAGAUGCACGUUUAGCAUUAUUAUUAUCACAAACAGAUGCAUAUAUUGAUAAUCUUAAACAAUUAGUACGACAACAUCAACAAGCAAAUCGUUCACGUGGACGAACAAUUAAAAUACAUACAGAACAAUCAAUAACAACAAUUAUUAAUGUAUCAACAUCAAAUAAUGAAGAAAUUAAAUCAAGUCCAAUUAUUGAUCAAACUGGUAAUGAUGAAGCUAUACGUGAUGCUAUUAAAAUAGCUGCAACAAAUGAAGAUGAUGAAUAUGAUGCAAAAGAAUCAUAUUAUUCAAUAGCACAUCGUAUACGUGAACCCAUAACUGAACAAUCAAAUAUGCUUGUUGGUGGACAACUUAAACCAUAUCAAUUACAAGGUCUUGAAUGGCUUGUAUCAUUAUAUAAUAAUAAUUUAAAUGGUAUACUUGCUGAUGAAAUGGGUCUUGGUAAAACAAUACAAACAAUUGCAUUAAUUGUUCAUUUAAUUGAUUGUAAAAAAAAUCCUGGACCAUCAUUAAUUAUUGUACCAUUAUCAACAUUAUCUAAUUGGGCAUCUGAAUUUCAACGUUGGGCACCUGAUGUUAGUGUUAUACAAUAUAAAGGUUUACCACAUGUACGUAAAAUGCUUGGACAAACAAUACGUACAAAUCGUUUUAAUGUAUUAUUAACAACAUAUGAAUAUAUUAUGCGUGAUCGUUCAAUAUUAUCAAAAGUAACAUGGAAAUAUUUAAUUGUUGAUGAAGGACAUCGAAUGAAAAAUCAUCAUUGUAAAUUAACACAAAUAUUAAAUACAUAUUAUGGACAUGCAUCACAUCGUUUAUUAUUAACUGGUACACCAUUACAAAAUAAUCUACCGGAAUUAUGGGCAUUAUUAAAUUUUAUUUUACCAACUAUAUUUAAAUGUUCAACAACAUUUACGGAUUGGUUUAAUGCACCAUUUGCAACAUUACCAAGUGAAAAAGUUGAAUUAAAUCAUGAAGAAACAUUAUUAAUUAUUAGACGUUUACAUAAAGUUUUAAGACCUUUUCUAUUACGUCGACUUAAAAAAGAAGUUGAAGCACAAUUACCAGAAAAAGUUGAAUAUAUAAUUAAAUGUGAAUUAUCAGCAUUACAACGUUGUUUAUAUCAUGCUAUGUCAAAAAAUCGUACAUUAAUUAUUGAAAAUCAAAAUGGUAAAAGUGGUCGUCGUGCAUUAAUGAAUAAAUUAAUGCAAUUACGUAAAAUAUGUAAUCAUCCAUUUUUAUUUGAAGAAAUAGAAGAACGUUUAGCACAAUCACUUGGUUAUAAAGAUUAUUUUAUAAAUGGACCUGAUCUAUUUCGUGUAUCAGGUAAAUUUGAAUUAGUUGAUCGUAUAUUACCAAAAUUAAAAGCAACUGGACAUAAAGUAUUAUUAUUUUGUCAAAUGACAGCUGUUAUGGAUUUAUUUGAAAUAUAUUUUAAUUAUCGUAAUUAUACAUAUAUACGUUUAGAUGGUACAACAAAAGCUGAUGAUCGUUGUGAAUUAUUAAAAAAUUUUAAUGAUGAUAAUAUAAAUUGUUUUAUAUUUUUAUUAUCAACACGUGCUGGUGGUGUUGGUUUAAAUUUACAAAAAGCUGAUACAGUUAUAUUAUUUGAUUCUGAUUGGAAUCCCCAUCAAGAUCAACAAGCACAAGAUCGUGCACAUCGUAUUGGACAAAAAAAUGAAGUACGAGUAUUACGUUUAAUGACAAUAAAUACAAUAGAAGAAAAAAUAUUAGCUUGUGCAAGAUAUAAAUUAAAUGUUGAUGAAAAAGUUAUACAAGCUGGUAUGUUUAAUCGUUCAUCAACAUCAAGUGAACGACAUGAUUAUCUUGAACAAUUAAUUGAAGGUGAAGAUGAUUUAAAAGAUGAUGAUGAAGAUAUACCAGAUGAUGAAAUACUUAAUCAAAUGAUUGCACGAACUGAAAGUGAAUUUAAUUUAUUUAAUCGUAUGGAUGUUGCAAGACGUGAAUAUGAAUCUUUACAUGGUGUUGGUAGUGGUGGUGAUGGAGCUAAUGAACGUCGUAAUUGGAAAUUAACAACAGCUGUUAUGCCAACAACAACACCAAUAACAACAACAACAAUUGAUGAUAUAAAAUUUUUAACACCACGAAUUAAACGUAAAAAAGAAAGUGAUAAUGAAGAUUCAAUAGAUCAACCAACUAAAGUUCUUACGAAUGAAAAAAAAAUAACAACUGGAUUUAUUGAACAAAGUGAUGAUGAAGCUACUCGUGGUGGUGAAGAAACAACAACAACAACAACAACAACAAAUGAUGAAACAACACCAUCACCAUUAGAAGAUAUUGAUGAUGAAGAAGAUGUUGAUUUUUCUCAAGCAACACCAAGUGUUCAUCGUAAAAUGAAAAUAAAUCGUCUUAUAACGGAAGAUGAAUUACCUGAAUGGUUAAAAAAUGAUGUUGAAGAAGUUGAAAAAACACUUGAAAAUGAUGAAGAUUUUGGUAAAGGUCGUCGUCAACGUAAAGAUAUUGAUUAUAGUGAUAAUUUAACUGAAAGAGAAUUUUUACAAGCAUUAGAAGAAGGUAAUUUAGAUGGUGCUGUUGAACAAAAACGUUUAAAAAAACAAAAUCGUAAAAAUAUAUUAUCAAUACAAGAUAAUGAUAUUGAUCUUGAUGAUACAGAAGCACGUUCAUCAUUUGAUAAUCCUUCAACACCAAUAAUAAAUCAACAAAAUUUUUCAUCUAAACGUGGUAGUGUUAAAAAACGUUUACAAACUGUUGAUCCUAAAAUUGCACCACAAUGUCGUUUAUUACUUGAACGUUUAUUAGCUUAUCGUACAGAUGAUAAUCGACAAUUAGCACAACCAUUUAUACGUUUACCUGGACAAAAACAAUUACCGAUUUAUUAUCAAACAAUUAAAGAUCCAAUUGAUUUUCAACGUAUUAAAAGAAAAAUUGAUACAUAUAGAUAUUCAAAUUUAGAUGAAUUUCAAUAUGAUAUUGAAUUACUUGUACAAAAUGCUCAAACAUUUAAUUGUGAAACAUCAUUAAUAUUUGCUGAUUCAAUUUUAUUAGAAAAAAUUUAUAGAAAUUUACGUGAACAACUUGAUGCUGGUCUUCUUGAAGUACCAACAACAACAACAACAAAUGAACAACAAUCAACACCAGUAACAAUAACACCGACAACAACAACAACAACAACAACUCCUCGUACAUCAUCACGACGAGGUCGUGGUACAAGAAUAACAACACCUAUUAUAACAAAUGGUGAAGUUUCACGACGUGGACGAAAAAGAAAAUUAACUGUUAUUAAAGAUGAUGAAGAAUCAGAUGAUGAUCAACAACAACAACAACAACCAUCUGAUGAUGAACAUAAUGAUGGAGAUUUUGAAUCAUAA